UCACUAAUCUGAAACUUAGUUCAAUUUCUUUUUGCCUCAAAAAUGUUGAGACAAAAGCCAAAAAUUGUGAUAAUUGGAGCAGGAAUUGCUGGUCUAACAGCAGCUAAAACACUAUACACAAUAGCACAAAAAAACUCUAAUGAAUUAUUUGAUCUUUGUGUUGUUGAAGGUGGAAACAGAAUUGGUGGAAGAAUUUUAACUUCAGAAUUCAAUGGUGAUCAAAUUGAACUAGGUGCUACUUGGAUUCAUGGAAUUGAAGGUAAUCCAAUUUAUAAAAUUGCUCAAGAAUUCAACUCACUUCAAUCAGAAAAGCCUUGGGAAUGUAAAGAAGGUAAAUUAAUUGAUAAAAGUGUCAGUAUAACAGAAGAUGGUUAUCAAGUAAAUUCUUCUCUUGUUGAGUCCAUAUCAUUUUUUUACAACAAAAUGUUAAAAUUUUGUUCUGGUAAAGGGGAUUUUCAAGAUGGGAUUUGUAGACAAAUUCUUGAAAGUUUGAAUCUUGAAAAUGGUAAUGCUAAAAAUCUCAGUAUUGGUUCUUUCCUAAAGAAAGGUCUUGAAUUUUUUUGGGAUUUAAAGAUAGAUCAAGAAAAUGUUCAAGUGUUUGAUAAUUGGAGUAGAAAAUCACUUGAAGAAGGCGUGUUCGCGAUGUUUGAGAAUAUAAAUAGGCAUUAUUCAUCAGCAGAUGAUUUGGGAACUCUUGAUUUUAAUGGAGAAAGUGAGUAUUGUAAUUUUCAUGGAGAUGAAAUGACUAUAGCUAAAGGGUACUCGAGUGUGAUUGAAGCUUUGGCCUCUGUUUUACCUGAUGGUUUGAUUCAAUUAGGCCGAAAAGUGACCAAAAUUGAAUGGCAAUCUGACUUAAUAUUGGAAAAUGAUGAUGGUGGUGCUGGUACUAAGCCAGUGAAGUUACAUUUUAGUGAUGGAUCAGUAAUGUAUGCUGAUCAUGUCAUUGUUACAGUCUCAUUAGGUGUUUUAAAGAAAGGAAUUCGCGAUAACUCUGCUAUGUUUAGUCCUCAGCUUCCUAGUUUCAAGACUGAAGCAAUUUCAAGACUUGGAUUUGGUGUUGUUGACAAGUUAUUCUUGAAGCUGAGUAGUCCAAGUACUCAUGAUGAUAAUGGCAUGAUAUUUCCCUACUUGCAAAUGGUAUUUCAUCAAUCGGACUCGAAGUUAUUCCACCCUAAAGUUCCUUUGUGGAUUAGAAGGACAGCUCUUAUAUAUCCAAUUUAUCCAAAUUCAAGUACUAUAGUAUCAUGGUUUGCAGGUAAAGAAGCUCUUGAGAUGGAAUCUCUUGAUGAUGAGGAGAUCAUAGAUGGUGUUUCGACAACAAUGUCGUUUUUUCUUGCUAACUCAAAGCAAUUCAAGAAUAGCUCAGAUUCUGCAGCAGAAAGUCGCGUAAAGUUUUCUAACAUUUUGAGGUGCAAAUGGGGUAGUAAUCCUUUGUUCUUGGGUUCAUAUACUUAUAUAGCUGUUGGAUCAAGUGGAGAUGAUUUGGAUGCUAUGGCUGAACCAUUGCCUAAAAGGAUAUCAAAGAAUUGUCCUCCACUUCAGAUAUUGUUUGCAGGUGAAGCAACACAUAGAUCUUGUUAUUCAACAACUCAUGGUGCUAAUCUUACUGGCCUUAGAGAAGCCAAUAGGCUUCUUAAGCACUUUCAAUGUGUUGAUGAUGUUUAAAA